AUGGGCGGCGCAGGACAAGCCCCGGGCGCCUCUGCGGACGAUGCCUCCCGGGGGCAGCUUCGCCUGCCCUGGAGUCUGGACUUCAACUCCCGUCCUGAGCCCUGGGAAGAGCUGCCUCCUCUGGACCUCAAGGUUUCCAUCCGAGAUUUUCUGGCUGUGGGCAGUGAGAACAGGCGAGGCCUUUCACCUCCCAGGCAGUGUAAGCUAAAAAAGCUGAGUGAAGACAGUUUGACUAAGCAGCCUGAAGAAGUUUUUGAUGUAUUAGAGAAACUUGGGGAAGGGUCUUAUGGAAGUGUAUUUAAAGCAAUACAUAAGGAAUCUGGUCAAGUUGUAGCAAUUAAACAAGUACCUGUUGAGUCAGAUCUUCAGGAAAUAAUCAAAGAAAUUUCCAUAAUGCAGCAAUGUGACAGCCCGUAUGUUGUCAAGUACUAUGGCAGUUACUUUAAGAACACGGACCUCUGGAUCGUUAUGGAGUACUGUGGAGCUGGCUCUGUCUCGGACAUAAUUAGAUUACGUAACAAGACAUUAACAGAAGACGAAAUUGCAACUAUUCUUAAAUCUACUUUGAAAGGACUAGAAUAUUUACACUUCAUGAGAAAAAUACACAGAGAUAUAAAAGCUGGAAAUAUUCUUCUCAAUACAGAAGGACAUGCAAAAUUGGCUGAUUUUGGUGUGGCUGGUCAGUUAACAGACACAAUGGCAAAACGCAAUACUGUGAUAGGAACUCCAUUUUGGAUGGCUCCUGAAGUGAUUCAAGAAAUAGGCUAUAACUGUGUGGCUGACAUCUGGUCCCUCGGCAUUACGUCUAUAGAGAUGGCGGAAGGAAAACCUCCUUAUGCUGAUAUCCAUCCAAUGAGGGCUAUUUUCAUGAUUCCCACAAAUCCACCACCAACAUUCAGGAAGCCAGAACUCUGGUCUGAUGAUUUCACUGAUUUUGUUAAAAAGUGCCUAGUGAAGAAUCCUGAGCAGAGAGCUACUGCAACGCAACUUUUACAGCAUCCUUUUAUCAAGAAUGCAAAACCUGUAUCAAUUUUAAGAGACCUGAUCGCAGAAGCCAUGGAGAUCAAAGCUAAGAGGCAUGAAGAACAGCAGCGAGAGCUGGACGAAGGCGAAGAAAACUCGGAGGAGGAGGAGCUGGACUCCCACACCAUGGUGAAGAGCGGCCCGCAGGGCGUGGGCACCAUGAGGGCCGCCAGCACCAUGAGCGAGGGCGCGCAGACCAUGAUCGAGCACAGCAGCACCAUGCUCGACUCGGACCUGGGCACCAUGGUCAUCAACAGCGAGGGCGAAGAGGAGGAGGACGGCACCGUGAAACGAGGCCGCUCGCCGCCCGCCCAGAGGCCAUCCUUCAUGGACUACUUCGACAAGCAGGACCCCAGGAGUGGAAGCCACGAGGACCGCGGCCAGGCCGCGCGCCAGCCCUUCCCUGUGUCCAAACAUGUCUUCCCGGAUAACUGGAAAGUUCCUCAGGACGGGGACUUCGACUUUUUAAAAAAUCUGAGUUUAGAAGAACUGCAGAUGCGAUUAAAAGCACUGGACCCCAUGAUGGAGCGAGAAAUAGAGGACCUCCGGCAGAGAUACACGGCGAAGCGGCAGCCCAUCCUGGACGCGAUGGACGCGAAGAAGCGGCGGCAGCAGAACUUCUGAGGCCCCCUCUCUGCUGCCCCGUAACCUCCGGGCCAGGCGGCCCCGCGGGCUGAAGGAGCAGCGAGGCUUCCUCCUCCCUCGGGCCCGUGCUCCGCAGCCGGGCAGGGGCCACACGCUGGGGGGAACGCGCCCAGGGAGUUCCCGGGGCGCUGCGUGCGGCUGUGUCCACUGUGUCCAUCUUUAACGCUGAGAACAGCAGACACGGAGACACUGAAAGUGUAAAACGAAGGCCGUGUUCAGAGACCCUGAAAACCCAAAGCUGCUGUUUAAUUGUGCAGCACUCGAGGGCUUUAUGUUAUAAUAGUCUUUAUUCUUACCUAGUAGCCUAUUUAUUGUAUCCCCUUAGGUAAACUUAUUUAUUUAUGCCAUUUCACUUUUUUUUUUUUAAAGGACAAGAUCAGGAUAGCUUUGGUGAAGGUAGGGAUGUUUUAAUAAUUAAUAAUGUUCAACCAAAUUAUACUUUGAGCAGGGAGCUCUGGGGUGCAUUCCUUGAUUUCCAGGAUAGUUUUCCAAUAGAAGCAAAUCAGUAAUAGCAAUAAUACCUAAAUGGGCCAGGCAUUUUUUAUACUGAAGCAAUAAUUCCAUUUUUACCUCCUGAAAUUUUUAACUUUUUAAUUCUUAAUGUUUGGUACAAAUAGAACUCUAUAUAUUUAGGUCAGACAGAGCUAUAAUGUUUAAAACCAAAGAAAUCAAUGGAAUCCUUGUACAAAAAAAGUGUGGUAAAUAUUUUAAAAGAAAUAAAUCCUUAAGACAAAUGUAAUUUCUUAAUAAUUGUUUUAUGUGUCAUGUGUAGGUCUUAUAGCUAAACUGUGUCAAACUGUAAUAAGCUCAUCGAAUUUAUUCCUGUGAAAAUGUGCUCAAUUGUCACAGGACCUUUCUGUUGAUUUCAUUUAUUUCCUGGGAAUUGGUACACAUCACGUGCCUGAUGUAACAAAAGAGCAAAAACAUUUUCACUGAACUGUGCAAGCCUUGGGGAAUGAAAAAAAAAAAGAUUAAAACCAUUAAAAAGAAAGUCAUUCUAAGCUGAAUGAACAUUUGCAUGAUCGAACGGGGACCAGUCAUUUCCGAAGCUACAUCUGACCAUCUUGACUGCAUUUGUUUUUGUGUGUUUAAUUACUAUGUGUAAAUCAUAAAAACAAAUAAAUUUUACUGUGACACCCAGCACAUUUCAUCUCUA